AUGAGUCUGUUCCCCGACAAGGCAACGGCCAUUGGCUUCAGCACCAUAGAGGAGGUCAGAUCUUUCUACGGCCUGGCGGACGAGCCCUGGCGGGCAUGGCACGACAUCGUCGGCAACCCGGACAUCAGGAUCAUGGCAGCGCUGCCCGCAGGGGCCGUGGUGGAGAACUGCAUGCGGGUGGUCUUGCCGGGGAACCUGCCACUGUCUCCGACUCAGGCGGCCCAAAUUGGGCUGGUGUGGCGCCUCUGCAAAAGGAUCUCCUGGACAAAAGGCGGCGGGGACUAUGACAACUGGAAGGACGAGGAUCCGUGGACUUCCCCUCCUCCAGCUGCGCCUCCGUCUACAACGCCGGCUUUGCCACCGAAAGGCCUGAAGAUGUCCCAAGUCAUCGAUCAGUCGGACGAGAGCGAGUUCUUGGUGGAUUCCGUGGCCACGGCGGACAGAUGGUACCAGAGGUACGUGGCUACCAUGGGCGCUCCGCCACAGGAAGAAGAAGAAGCCAGCAUCGAGCAGCUCAGCGCCCUUAACAGGAGGGUGCACACUCUGGAUCAGGCGCCUUACGUGGACUUGGCAGUUUGGUUGCCGUAUGGGAGCAGGGCCUUGCGCACAGUCAAGUUCCGCGCGUGGAUUCCUGAUGGCCAAGGUGGAUACUUCGCACGCGAACUGCCCGGACCUGCCAAUUACCAGCAGUGGCUUGCCGCUUGGAGGGUGUUCCAAACAGCCUCGGUGAUGCUUGACGUUUUCCCUUUAGCCACGCUGCAGUUGUAUGAGAGACAUAUCGAGCGACUCGUGAAGCUCUACGGCUCAGCUUGGCAUCUCAUCGUGCUGGCAGACGAGAAGGCUAGGGGCGAGAAGCUGGCCAGGAUCCGCCUCAAGGUCACCUCCGACAUCGCGUUGGGCAAGCCGCCUCCGGACAGGUGGGAUGCGACCAGACCAUGGAUCGCCUGCCUUCACUUGCUGGUGGCGGACACGCAGUUUUGGGAUGACCAAGUGCGCUCUCCAGCCAACGCUUGGUUGGCACAAGGCAGCCGCGGCGCGCCACGCGGACCGACCGAGAACUUCGCGGCGGACAACAUCAACGGCGGCGUGCUGGCCAUCGAACCGCCUAUCGACUCGUCUGCUUCCCGGAGAUCGGCCAGAGACAGGCGCCAGAACAAGAAGAGGAAGUGGAAGGAGGAGAAGGAAGAGCUGGUCAAGCUUCGCGCGGCUGCGGUCAAGAACAAGGGCGACGGCAAAGGCAAGGACUCGAACCUCAAAAGCAAGGAUCAGUCCGGAUCCGAUUUAUGCUUCAGCUGGGACUCUGGGAAGGGAAGACGCCCUCCGCCAGCCAUAGCCACGCAGCGCAUGAAGAAGACGUUCCUGCACCUGUACAGCGGGGCGGAGGACGUCUUGGGGGCCACGAUCAAGGAGAAGGCCAGAGCCCACGGCAUCGAGGUCACCAUCGAGGAGUUUGACCGCGAACGGGGGCACGACCUCCUCGACCCUGAGCUUCUAGCCUCGCUCAGGGCCAAAGCCAAGGCCGGGACGUACGACGACGGCCACGCUGGAUCUCCAUGCUCUACGUUUUCUCGCUUGAGAUGGCGGCCGGCGCCUAACAUGCCGGGGCCCGUUCGAUCCCGGGAUCACCUCUAUGGCCUCCCCACCAACACCGCGGCGCAGCAGAGGGAGGCGGACCGCGGCACGCUUAUGGCGUGCACCUCCGUGGACAUCCUGGACUUGAUCUCCGAGGCGGGCGACUCCCUCAACAAGGCGUGCCCCACGACGCUCGAGAACCCGCCGGAGACGGACCAUUCUGAGGCGGCCUCCGCAUACCUGCUCCCAGAGGUGUCCAGGUUUUGCAGUGCCAAGGGCGCCGAAUACGCCGGAGCCGAAGUUCCUCAAGCCGCAACGCUUCAUGGGAAUGGCGAGCGGCGCGCCGGGACCACUUCAAAGUCAAACCUCGAAGACCGCCUGCGCCUCAAGAGCAUCCUCCACUACGAAACGUGCGUGGACACCGACCUCCUUAACAGCUGGCUUAGCAAAGCGGGGGACCCAGACAAGGCAGUUGUCGAGUGGCUGGAACAGGGCGCCCCACUGGGAGCCAACCUCGACUGCGGCGUCUUUCCAGAUCGGGAACGCGACACGGACGUGGACGAGGACCACCUCGAAGCGCAAGACUACGCCGAGCUUAAGAACUAUGCCUCCUUCCGUGACCAGCCGGAGGACGCCCAGGAGGAGAUUGCCAGGCUGGUGGACAAGGGCUUCUUGAAGAGGGUCACGCUCGAGCAGGCAGACGGGACGGUGAAAAGGAUCGUGCUUCCACGCCCGGCCGACAUCCACUCGAUGCUGACCGUCAUGAAGGCCCAGGAGACCGACCUCAAGGACUGCUACCGCCGCAAAGGCAUGCCCCAGGACGAAUGCGCGGCAGCAGACCUGGUGGACGCCUUCACCCACUUCUCCGUGGCGGAGCAAGAGCUGGCGCAGUGCGUUUUUUCUGGCUGUCGGCUUUGCUGGCGCGGCUUCUACAGGGAUGCUUCUGGACAGCCGAGGUCACUCUUGGAUGCUAUGUCGACGACCCGCUCUUCGCUUUGGUGGGCUCGCGCCACCGCCCUGGGCGCGGCCUUGACGUGGAUAGGCUUCGAGCUCAGGUGGGUCCAAGGCACGCUUUGCGUGCGGAUCCCCGACAAACUUCGCGACGAGCUGCUCCAAGCGCUCCGCUCGUGGUCUACCAAGGGCCUGGUGCCAGUGUCCGAGCUGAGGUCGAUCGCGGGCAAGGCCACUUGGGCAGCGGGGAUCUACCCACGCGCUCGCUUUGCCGUCUCCAUGCUGUACAAGGCCCUGAGCGACCGCCAGCAGGACGUGAAGUCAGGAGCAGAGAAGGCCAGGCGGGAAGCAAGGCGGGACGACAGGCCCAAAGACUACCUGCCGCCCUCGGUCAUGAUCAUCACCGACGCCUCACCUCAGGGCUUGGGCGGCCUGCUCCUGGUCAGAGCCACAACAAAGGAGCCAUGGACACCUGUCCAGGCCUUCGAGUACGCCAUUGGCGCCAACAACGCGGACCUCCUCGGCUUUACAUUGACCUGGAAGGACGUUGUAAAGGACAUCCGGCUGGGCUUGACAAUCAGAAGCGACUCGUCGGCGGCACUCGGCAUCACGGGCAAGCUAGUCGGCGACCUCACGACUCAGCACGUCCCCGGCAAGCUCAACAAGAUCGCCGACUGGCUCUCCAGACCGCAGACCCGAGCCGCGAACGAGAAACCCGCCGAGCCGGACAACGUCAAGGUCGUGCCUGUUUCUAGGCUCACAGCCUCAGAUUUCAAGAUCCUAGGUGCCCGGGUGUCACAUGACGCGACAACAGCGGUGUCGACUGCCUGGGCAGCCAUCCUGGGUGCACGAAAUUGGGCAUCUCCUUCUGGCGGCUUGCUGCGCGUGGACGGCGCUCACCUUCCCAUGGCUGGCGCCGCGACUCCUCUUCUUCGCGGCGAAGAUGGUCAUGAAAGCGCUGAUGGUGGCGGCGCGGGCAGCCUGGAGUGUGGCUCCUUGCAGUCACGACCCGGAGGGAGCACGUGGAAGCAGCAGAGGCCGCAGCCCGGCGGCAAGGGCGAACCGCCCAAGUCGGGGUCCGGCAUCGCCCUCUGGAAGCACGAGGGCAAGCACGACCACCACGGAACCAGCAGGCGACCGACCACCUCUUCAAGGCCGCGGCCCACGCUUUCGGCAAAGCGUCCGGCGCCGACCAGAUCGACAAGAUCACGCUCGAGAACCCCCGGCAGACGCGGCGGAGCACCUCGGGACCAACAGGCAGCCGGGCGUCGCAGCUCCACCGCCGGGUUUGGUGAGAAGCUCCCCUACGGCAACGCCGAGAAGGACCUAUGUGGACAACCUGGUUCCAGCGCCACCCGGGCCGGAAUCGGCAGCAACGGGCUCCAGGACCUCGCGGCCUCCUUUGGAUGGACUUCCCCGACAUUCCGCGGCUUCCACCUUGGGGACCAGCACACCCACAGGAUCGACAAGGCCAUAGACAAGCUCCUCGGCAAGGCUACUCCGACAUUCUGGCGGGCUCCGGCGACUGGCGGGACAACCUUGGGACCGUCUUGCACGCCUUCUGCUUCCUCGACUACAUCAACGGAGACACCGGAGGACGACCCGCUGGCUCCAAAACCGGCAGGCAGGGCCAAGUUAGCCUUGGCCCUUCGAGUGGCUUCGUCAGCGUUUGACUUGGAGCAGGCCGUCAAGGUUCUCAAGCAAGGCUUCUUCGCGGAGACCAACCAAGCACCCAGGGCGGCAAGAGAACAAGAAGCGGAGCGCCUGCUGCAAGCUGUGGUGAAGUGCGCCGCUUCCCUCAAAGCAGCCGGCUACAAGUCUGCCAGUACCUACCUGAGCGUGUUGAAACUUCUGCGUGUGGAGAAGGACUUCCAGGACCGGCGGCGAAAGCACCGGAAGUGCAACUCGAUUCCUUCAGCCGUGCAGGCAAGCAGGCCAACCUUCGCCCGGAGAAAGUGGCGUUCCCCCUACGCCCUGGCGCUCAACUUCAUGCUCCGGCGCCUCGAGCUGGAGAUGCUGAAGGCGAAGGACGUCCAGGUGGCCCCGGACAAGUCCACGGUCACGAUUUUCAUCAGAGGGUCGAAAAUGGACCAAGAAGGCCGUGGCGUAUCUAGGACCUUGGGCUGCACUUGCAAGACUUCGAAGGCUUCCUGCCCCGUGGAGCUGGCGAGCGACCUCCUGAAGUCCACCUACGAUACCUGGCCUGCGGCUCGGGACGAUCCGGAAGCCUGGCUGGUUCGCACGACAGAAGGCGAGCGCGCCACGAAAGCCACAGUGGUUUCAUCCUGGGGGAUGGCAGCUGGCACGGCCAUUCAGGGUCACUCGGCAAGGAGAUCGGGAGCGCUGUACUACACGAGGGCGGGUGCCCCGGUUCCGGAGAUCACCUACCUGGGCAGGUGGCGCAGCGACUUGGUCUUCGAAUACGCGGAAGAAGCUUGGGCUUCCAGACCCUGCAACAUGGAGCUUAGCAAAGAAAAGAAACCGGUGGCGACAAAGGCGAGACCGAGCCAAAUGGCCACCGAACCACCCGCACCGGUUCCCGCCAUCGAGGACCUGGCGAUGACCAAGCCUAAGUAUGUGCGCAGCUAUGGAAGGAGCACCGUGGCACAUCUCCUUCAAGACUCAGGAGACGCCACCUCGGCUUCGUGGCGGACCAAGUGCGGCUGGCAUUUUGCCAGAGGCUCUACGCACUUCAAGUUGUUGGCCAACCUCACCGCAGACCUCAGGCGUUGCAGGAAGUGCCGAUCCGAGCCCAUCGAGAGCACGCGGCAAGCCAGCGGGUACAAGUCUGCCAUUUGGUAUCACAACGAGGAGCAGAGGAAGCUAGCAGAGAGCAAGAUGGAGGAGAUCGGAGCAGGUCCUGUCGUCGAUGUUGACGAGGCCAAGCCCUGGUAUGAUGCCGAGGAUUACCACCAGAAGUACUACAGCAAAGCGAACUGUGCUGUGAUGUAG